AAGCAAAAAUGCCUGGCGAGUUUGAUAUUCUUGCCGGCUUUUUCCGCGAAAGAGGAACUGCACUGUACCAGUUCGACCUUCGUGCGUUCUAUGGAGCUACCGGUAUCUUGGCAGCCAAGGCGUUCUUUUUAAGGAAAGAGAUGAAGUGCAUCUAGUAGUAGAAGGAAAGGUUGCUGCAUCUAGUAAUAGAAGGAAAGGGUUGUGCAUCUAGUAAUAGAAGGAAAGGGUUGUGCAUCUAGUAGAAGGAAAGGGUUGUGCAUCUAGUAGUAGGACGAAAGGGUGCAACUAGAUGUUCUAGUAGAUCUACUUUCCUGGAAUUACUACAUAAUAAGUAGGGUGCAUCUGUAGUAGAUCUACUUUUUGAGGAAAUUAUCUAGUAGGUCAAGAUCUAGAAAGAGUCGUGGAAAGCGCAUCUAGUUGAUCAAGAUCUACAUCUUGUAGUUGGUCUAGUGUAUUUUCUAGAAAAUAAAAAGAGAUAAAACUGUUGUCGAUUGUAGGAAAGCAACGCGAGUAGACGUUGCUUACAGUAGUAGACUACGCGACUACUUUGUCAGUUUAAUAUCUUCAGUAUAUCUGCAUCUAGUAAUUCUAAAUCACUGAUAGAAGUAGAUGAAUUUAAUAGUUAUAUGCACACGUUGAAAUUACUAACCGUCUGUGCUUUCACUAAACUACGAUCUUCAGACUGAUUUUGUUCGAAUGAAUUUUCAACAUGAUGCCUGAUCUGUCAGCGUCUUGGCUUCGGUCAUGAUCACUAUGAGAACUUAUCUCUUCUACGGGUACUUCUAGGAGCAGUACCUUCCUAUCAGGGGUACGCGCACAUCAAUCAGUCAGUCAAUCCAUCAAUGCAACUAAGCUACGAGAAAAUUCAACCAGCAAUGUAGCUUCACCUACCUGUUCUAAUCUUGGCGCUAUGGCGUCGACCUUUCCAGAUGAUGCCGUGGAAUCCGUAUUUGCUUUUUCUGCUGCUAGAACUCGCUUUGGAGAUUCCUUUGAUGAUCGCGGUUUGGCACCAGUAUACGGUUUUUGUUAUGGCAAGAACUAGUGCAAAAUGUUUGAAAAUCAAUUAAUACAGAUUUACUAGGUGGAUUUAGGAGUAGAUCUAUCGAAGAAGCGAACACAGAAGUAACUUCUAGAACACAGAAGUAACUUCUAGUACUCCAGACGUUAGAAGAAGCAAGUAAUUCAAGAAUAGCGCCAAAUUGAUUUAGAGUUUUAAUAGCCCACCUCUAGCUCUAAAGUAACUACUUUCGUAGCAUGUCAUUUAAGUUUUUCGACGCCUUUUUCUGUCUGAAGAAAAGCAAGCACUUAAAGGAUGAUGUCAAACUUUAUAGCUUAGUCCUAAUAGCUCUACUAUACGCUCUUCUACCUUUAUAGCUUAGUCGUAAAAAUAGCUCUACUAUACGCUCUUCUAUUAUAUAUGUUUCAGGGCGCGGGGCGACGCCCCCCCCCUAGCGGGGGGGGGCGGGCGCCCUGCCCCCCUUUUUAAGGCGUCUGCCGGGGGGGAAGGCCUCAAAAGGGGGCCCAGUGACCUCCCCCCUCCGCUCCCUUCCAGCUGCCUCACUGUUCCCUAGGGGCCUCGGAUGGUGGUGGGAGGCUUCAAAAGGGGCCCAAGGGACCGCCUGCGCCCCCGUCCAGGUGCCUGCUUGUGCCUAAUAGCUCUACUAUACGCUCUUCUACUAUUAUAGCUGUAUUACGCCAGGUCUUCUACAUAGCAGUAGUCCUAUGAGCUCUACUCAUGAUCCUAGGGUAUGAUUAUCAGUCCUGUGCUUCAUCUAGUAGUAUGGUUCUAGUCCUCCUCCUCCUCCUCCUCCUUUUCUAUGAGCUGCGGAUCUAUCUCGUAAUCCAGUUCCUCCUCUAUGAGCUGCGGAUCUCCUACCUCGUAGUGUACCUCUAACAUCGCUCGCUGCUGGUAUGCUGGGUCCCGGCGUCACGCCCGUUUAGUCGAACGAGAACGGCAGAAAUGCCGACGCGAGAAGCAAAGACAUGUUGAGCGUCUCCAGGGAAAGCGUUUGACAGUGCAUAGUGGCACCAACAUUUAAGGCUUACUUUUUUACUCGUAGAAGUAUUAUGUAGAUCAUUAGUCCUCUCUACUCUGGCUAGGUAGUUAUCUAGUAGUGAGGAUCUGUCUCCAUAGUUAUCUAGAAGUAAUGCCAUGACUUCUAUUUCAUUAUGAAAAAGAAGAGUAUCUUCUCUUCCCAGUAAAUGUUUCGUCUUGCCGGUGAUUAGAUAUGAUCACUUGAGACGCAAUGAAUGAAUAAAAUCCCAGUCCUUCUACCAAGUGCUGGCAAAACAUCGUGAACCGAGUGCAGCAUAGGUAAGAUCAUCGCUCAAGUAUCGUAAAAUAAUGUAAUGUUGAUCCAUCCACCCUAUACACAGAGAUAGAAGUCUAGGGAUCUUAUAGAAGUGCGUGCUGAGUGGAGCAUAAACUACAAUGCUGAAUACGGUGACCUAUGGUUGCGUAGGGAUUCCAGUCUAUGAGAUGAUUUCGUCCUCUUGUUGUAUAGGAAAUAUCGUUAUCCCUCAAGCUCUAAAACAUCUUUCGCGAGGGACACCGAUCCGGCUCAGUUCGAGCACAAUGCUACAAUCUUGCUGGUACAUUAUCUACUAGUGGAGGUGCUAGAGAACCUUUCCCUGUUGUAGUACGAGAGGACUACAAAUGUGCUCUUUUUGUUUUGAUAUAGUUAAAACUGUCCAGAGACCAGAGUACUUAAUACUUGAUGUUGCAUUUGUUGUUUAGAUACGUCUUAUCGCUAGUCCCUCACUUGUUUACUAACUAAGUUCUCGCUCACAUUCAGUAUCAGAUAUAUUUUGCGUGACUUGCUACAAUUGAUGAAGGCGAACAUGCUUUUUCUGUUCUUCUUACUUACUUUAACAACUUCAAAUUUGUUACGGUUUGUUGAGUCAUCUAGCUGCUCGUUCGUGGGCUGUAGCUCCUCUUUCUUGGUCAGCGCGGAUCAAAAUAUAAACAAGGGACGAUCAUCUCGGCCUGCGGGGUAUACCAUAGAAGAGAAGCAUCCUUUUCAAAUUCCAGUAUAUUAGUACCAUAGAAAAGAAGUAGCCCUCUUUUGUUUAUGUUCUGAGCAAGUUGAUCACAUCACCGUCUUCACCAGGUCUAGGACCGCGGUUCCAGCGCUCAUAUUUGAUUCCGGAACGUGAUCGGCUCUUUGCGCCUCUCCUCUUAGAUCGACGCAGGAACGAUACCACAGUGGUCGGCGGUCGUGUCUCAAGCAAGCUGGAUCAUGCCUUGAGGAAGGUGGAGGUGGUAGAUGCCAUGCAAGAUUUGCUUGCGUCCAAACUUCAAGCUAAGAUCGGCGCCCCUCCGCGUACACGCGCAUCGCCCGCAUCAAAUGUUACGAGUCAACAUUCAUAAUUUUAUUUUUAGGAGCAGCUGAGAGCUGAAAGCUUCUCAACCUCCUCACCAAGUUCGUCAAAUCUUUGGCUUUAAAGUUAUUUUUCUUGCUAAUUAAGAUACGACUAUUAUCAAUUUAUUAUACGGCUAGGAGAAUUCAUGAAGAUGUAUUUGAUACAAGCGCAAGCCGCUAAAAUGCUUCCCCCCUGUCUACUCCUACAAGAAGUGCUUCGCUCUGCCCACAUUACUGCUGCUACUAUGUCUAAUCCAGAGUACUGCUGCAACUGCUUGUUCUCUCUACCUACACUGCUUCUCUCUGCCUUGUCUACCUGUUUCGAAGUAGUACACUAUCUGUAGCUGCACUACUUCUCUUCAGUCUACUAUACUUCUUAGUCUUACUAGUUCCACCACAUGACUUUGCCCUGUCUACUUCUAGUACAAUGUCUACUUUUUACCUCUAGAUCUACACUAUCUGCUUCAGUUUUUCGAAAACUACUUUUACAACUAGUACACUUAGAGCUAUGAUCUCAAAAGAGAUUCAGCUAAGUCGUAGGUCCAAUCCGAACCGACUAACAUCAUGAUGAAGAACUACGAUCUACUUCCACUUCUACUUCUUCUAACAUGUUGGUUGGAGCGGCUACCAGUGUAGUAGUCAAAGGAAAAGGCGGGCCUGGCGUGCAAAAUUUAGUGGGUGGCGCUAAAGGCCAGAUUGCCAAGGACCAAGUGAUCUCCAAAGGAACCCCCGUUCCAGAGGCGUAGUUCCAGAGUAGAAGAGUAUUUAGAAAAGGGGACUUCGAGGUUUAUACUUUUAUGUUAUACGUCAACAUGGAUCAGAAGACAACAAGAAAGGUGAAAUAAAGUAGAAGCUGAAAGCGAGAUGAUCCACCUUGUGGCCAGCAAAAAAGGGAACAUACUAGAGUGAGUGAGGCGAACGAAAUUAUAGAGAGACGACUUUAGAGAAAUGAUACAAGAACAUUAUUGAAAAGCAGAAAUAAAGGGACAAGAUACUUUACUAUUUUUAUUAAGAAGGGAACAACAGCGAAGGGGAACACACCGACACAGAUGAAUUAUGAGUAGAACAAGAUCUUUGAAAAAUUUAUUGUUGAAAAGGGAACGCAGAAUGAAUACUAGGACUAGGAACAACAGAGUCCUCUAACUAUAUCAUGCUGAUGUAAAAACGUCGAUAUAUGGUGCAUCACUUCGAUCAUCAUGGUCCUCUGUUUUUUAACCGAGAGCGUGAAGAAUAUUACUUAGUUUUAGUACGUAGGUGAAGACCAAGACAUCAGUUGUACUACGCCUUCUAAGAAGGAGUCGUGCAACAUGAUGCUGAAAUUAAAUGACCACUUGUUGGAAUUUUUGGUCGUAAGCUGUUGAGGAAACAAGGUCGUUACUGAUGAGGAAACAAGGCCGUAGUAAGAUUCUGAUGAUCAAGAAUAGCAGUUCUCUUCGUAGGUCGUCGUACUAAAGGCAUGUCAGCCAUAGGAGCUUGUGCCUUAUGAUCGCUGUAGACGACUUAGCCUUGUCACAACGACAACUGUAGACUUUUUAAUAUGUACUUUUAUAGUAUACAUAUUACUUCUACUGCAUGAAGAUGGCUCCUCUUAAAACAUGAAUCGAAGGCGUUCAAUUGCGAGCUUCAUUCUAUGACCGUGAUCCAGGUCUUGUGCACAGACUACAGAGUACUAGGUAGUAAUUGAAUCUAUUCGGCAACAUGUCUAGCCUGUUUUUAGAAAUUAACUCCUCUACAACUUCAAUAAAUAUUUAUCCAAAAAAAUUGCCAAUUAAGUUGUUCUUUGAGCGGCAGACUAAAUAUCGAUUCACUUUCCUAGAAGGAAGCGUGCUGCAGUCUCUUGCUUGCUGCGAAACAGAAUUAUUCUGAGUACUUUCUUAAUUAUAUUUCCUAAAUAUGAUUCUGAGUACCUCGUCCUACUAGAACAAGGCAAACGUUCUUCCACCUCCAUUUCUAGUCUACUUCUACGAGUACAGACAAGUGACACACUACUACGAGUUGUACAGUAGACAAAACUUUUAAAGCGUGCAUCACGUCGAAAUUCAAUCUCCUUCCGAAAUUAACCUAGCAUGC